UUGCACUAUUUCGAGAGAUGAGACGAUUCCUGCUUUGACUCCGCAGUUUAAUACACAAGGACAUUUAAUUAAAAAAUGGUUAGUCACUUCGGAGAAGUAAUAUUUCCAUCAUCACGAGCAUUUUGGGAUGACGAGGAUGAAUACGAACCAACUGAUAAUAUAGAACAUUCUCCGAAAUUAUAUGUUCGCUGGUUGAAAGAUAAACCAGAAUGCAUAAAAAAGUUCAUCAUAAUAGAAGGAGAUCCAUUAAUUCCAUUUGUGGAACAAUGUUUAUGUCCAAAAAUGAAAGAAGCAUGUAUCAUAGAAAAUGAAAAUCAUAAAAAAGUUUCAGUUAUUUAUCAAAUUGACAAACAAAUAUAUGUGUGUGUAAUUUUACCACUGUUUGAUACAAAAAAUACUGGAAAAUUUAUAAAUCAGAUAGAUGACUUGUUAUUAAGUUCAGAAAACACAGUUUCAAUAUUGUGUCGUCAUAUAUCGCAAUUUCAAAGUGCAAGCGUCCCAGAGACUGCUUCAUUUUUAAGAGUAUUGGCUACUAAAACAGUGAAUGUCACAAAAUGUGGGAUUGAGUCAUUGGAACAACCAAAUAUUGUAUUUGGAGUAGGUGCAGGAGUCUUGUCCUAUGCUGAACUCACUGGCAAAUCAGCUAAGUUAUAUAUAUUGUAUGUCGACAGUUUUGUGUUAGAUUCCAAAUGUGCAGAACCAAUUUUACAAGUUUUAACUGAUGAAAUACCUUGUAAAUUACAACCUAAAUUUAUGGAAAAUCCUUUUAGUAAAGGCAAUCUUUACAUGUGAAAUGUAAAUUCUAAUUC